UGGUAGUUACUAAGGUUACGUGUAAGUACGGAGUUCUAAUUACUUGUCAGGUAACCUAGGUUCUAAUUACGGUUUCUUAUGUAUCGAAAUCACAUUUUUUUUCUUGAAGAACAAAAUCAUUACUAUACAAUAAUCAGUAACAGCAAGGUGAAUCCACUAGAUUGUGGAGUUUUCUCUCUAUUACACGAUCUACACUGUCAUAUUUCAUGUAAACCAACAACAGCAUUAUUUUCUCGACAAUGUCAUACACUGUACAUACAAGAGUCGCAUAAUUAUUCACUAAUUAUCAGGCACCCACCCACCUCAAUAUAUGUCCAGUGUCACCAGGUGCGAAACACUUUAAAAUCAAUAGUAAAACUUGUCUUCAGUACUGUUUAAAGACAAAUCAGAUUUUCAAUUGUUAACUACAAUUCAGGAAAAUAGGCCCAUAUUUCCUCAGGUAAAUAUAGAUAGUGGUUAUUGAUUUCACAACUAAAUGCCACGAUGUGAAGUUGCUAUCUUAGUCGACUGAAACACUUGUUCUUU